AUGCCAAUAGUCUCUGGAUUCGUAAAUUUCAACCCGAAUUCCGACAUCCCUUCCCUCUCAGGCAGAGUCAUUUUCAUCACAGGGGGAACGGCAGGUAUCGGUCUCGAGACUGUGAAGCUCCUCGCCGUGCACAACCCCGGCCAUAUCUACUUCUCUGGCCGCAACGCUCGAUCCGGGAACGCCCUAAUUGAGGAGAUAAGGAAUAAGCACCCGGAUGUUGGGAUCACGUUUGUGGAUAUGGAUCUUUCGUCCAUGGAGUCUAUCAGCGCGGCAUUAAAGAGCUUUGUGCAUGAUCGUCUAGACACUCUGAUAAAUAAUGCGGGGAUCAUGGCGCAACCCCCAGCGUUAAGUAAAGAUGGGUAUGAGAUCCAAUUCGCCACAAACCACCUCGGCCACGCGCUGUUGACAAAGCUACUCUUACCAACCAUGCUGAAGACCGCCGCGCUACCAGACUCCGAUGUACGCAUAGUGAACCUAACAUCCGUCGGAUACCGCGGCCAUCCUCUGAACGGAAUAUCGUUUGACGAGCUCGAUACCUCAAUGAAUCGCCCCAUUUUAGGCCCGUGGAUCCGCUACGCACAAAGCAAACUCGCAAACAUCCUCUACGCCUCUGAACUCUCUAGGCGAUAUCCUAACCUAACAUCGGUGUCUGUGCAUCCGGGUGUUGUGGCGACGGAAUUGGUUACGAAGCAGACGUUUUUGAAUCGUGUUAUGAUUUAUGUGCCGAAUUGGUUGAUGGGGGUGAGAAUUCUGGAGCCAGAAAAGGGGGCAUAUAGUCAGGUGUGGUGUGCGGUGGGGGCGAGGAAGGAGGAGGUCAGGAAUGGGGCGUUUUAUAUGCCGAUUGGAGCUGAGAGUACUGGAAGGUUGGAUGGGGUGGCGAGGAAUAAGGAGUUGGCGGGGAGGUUAUGGGAGUGGACGGAGAAGGUCUUGAAAGAGAAGCGAGGGGCUAGUACUUAG